AUGGAUCUGGCUGGGGGAGCAUAUUACAUCGUAGGAUCGGAUUUUGUGGAUAAUGAGGAUAGCGCGCAGUAUGCAUAUCAUGAAAUAGGUCGCUAUCCGGACAUCUAUACGAGAAAAUCUUCUAAAACUGCACAAGGACCACUUCGACGGAAGGAAGGUGUAGAUCAUUCAUAUGAUUUGCAUACUUACAGCUUGCUCUAUCCAAAAGGCUCAUGUGAAAAUGUGCCAACCUUGCCCCCUCGCAGUACUAAUGCUAGGGAGCGUUUUGAAAGUGAUAAAAGCAAGCACAUCCAACUACUUCUUGAGGGAGUCAGCUCAACGGAGCUUGAAAACUUCCAGUCUGAGCGUAGUUCAUUGGAAAUUUGUGAGAUAUCUGAUGAUGAGUCCAUAUGCACAAAAAGUUGCGUGGAGACCUGCGAAACUCCAACGAGUGAAGAAGCAGACAAUCCUCCUAAUAAAUCACAUGGCGAGCAUAAAACUCCCAAAUCUUUAUCGAGAGAGAAACCUAGCCAGAAAGCACGAAGUGAAGAAGAGACAUGCGCACCACCUAUCAGAAGUAUGAAGACCUCAGAAUCUAACUUGAAGGACAAAGACGAAAUUCGAUUUGAUUUUUCUUUGUGCGAUGCGCAGUUAUCACGCUGUUGCGAUGUACCAUCCACAUUGCCUACCAGAAGUUUUGCUCGAAUGGACCGAGCAGAGUUUGAGCGCCGAUUACGGGCUGAAAAUGAGGCGCGGAAGGAAAAGGAGAGGUCGUUUGCUAAUGCCUCUUCUCAUGGUGAUUCUGAGCUUGAGGAUGCUCACUGUAACACGGGGACGGAAAUUGAUGAUGCUGUUUCGCAAUUAGCACCGGACAGUGAAAUGAACGAGGUGAUAAGCAAACUGAUGAAGGAGGAUGUGACCGCAGAGUUCACAGACGCUGGGACACCAACAAAGUCAAAACGACAUUAUGUGGAGCCGUUUGAUGGUAGGUACUUCAAGAUUUUAAUCCGCUUUCGUGAUUUAUAUUAAUG